UGCCGAGGUUUGUUUACCUUGCUGCUGGGGACGCCAACACAAUGUGACUUCGUACAUGUGUCAUCUUCAUUCUCACGUCAAGUCUCACUUCAAGAUCGACUAUCCUCCUUCAUCACAAGGUGAUCAUUUUACCAAUUGAAAGUCCACAUGAUGUCCACAUUCAACACCUCAACAAGGAGAGAAGAUAUCUCCGUUCGUUUAAAAGCACAAAACCUCCGCAAUGCCAAGGAACAGACCAAACAGCUCGAGGAAGAGAGUAGAAAGAUGGAAGAGAGGCUCCGCGAGCUGAAAAUGGCGAUGAGUCGUGAGAAAGAGGAGAGGGAGAGACAGGGUGGCUUCUGGAAGAGCGGGCAGACUGGUAACCUACACUCAUAUGCACAGGAUGUUCUCGAUGCUAAACAGACAAGGCAGCUUAAGAGCAAAGUAAUGAAAGUGUUGAAGGAUGAAACAUUGCAUUUACCACACAGAAGUAAAGCCCCAGGGACCAUCGGGUACAUUGCCUCAAAGAAAGUGAGUCCUAAAGACAAGAGGAAGGGCCCCCAGUGUGGCCAGUGUGAAGAAAGAGGGGCAUCAGUGACAUGUGCACAGUGUGGGGAGGACUACUGUGCUGGUUGUUUUGCAGCUUUUCAUCUGAAAGGAGCUCUGAAGAAACAUAGAUCUGUUCCAAUCCAAGCAAACACCCCCAGGCCGUGCCUUACUCCCCGACUCACCCCUCCUGCCUCUUCAAGAGACCUUGUUACAAGUCACCUACCAGCUGAGGGGGAUACCAUAGCUAUUGGGAAUGGGGAUGGGAAUCGUAAUAGCCCUGAAGGAGCUAGUGGAUCAUUCAGUGGACCUUCUCUACUGGCGGGAAAUUAUGAUGAAAACGGCAGUGCUGCAUCCUUCCAAGAGGCCUUGAGAGCUUGGAGAAGUGGUGAUAGUAAUCAAACAAUUGCAACGACACCAGCAACACCAGCCUUAAUCAAACCUGCCCGGCCUUCAAAGUCCAGUUCAGGCUCACAGUCCAAGGUUAAACCAGCAGUCAUAAGCGUGGAGCAUUCCACCAGCACAGUGGACACAAGGGGAGACAACUCUUUGGAAGUAGUGUUUCAUGACCACAACAUUUCUUAUGCUGAGAGACUGUUACUCAAGAAACACCGUAAAACAGAAGUGGGUCAACUGCCGUACCGGUCACCCUCGGGGAUGUCAGAAGGUUUUGGGGAGUGCCACAGCCAAUCACCGGAGCAUUAUAGAGAGAGCUUCUAUGACCAGGAGGGUAACCUGGACACACAGAGGGGCCAUGUGAACUUCCAGACGUUGUAUGAUGCUGUCUGUACCAGUGGUGCUCCAAGUAGGGCUGGUGCUGACUCUGGGCUCUCAAUUAUUGAGUUACCUGAUGUUCCUUUUCUACCUGCAUUAAAUGGGAUAGAGACCUCAGGGCAUUGUCAUGUUGAGGAAGUGGACAGUGUACCUGCAGAUGUCCUCAUCAACAGGACUUCCAGACCAACACCCUCAAGAAUUGCGUUCUCAGAAGAACGUGUUGACCACCAUCCUGCUGGGAUCCCUCCGUUUGACAAGAGAGUUCCUCUCAGGGGACUGAAUUCAGACUGCUCUAUGAACAUGCCCCCAAGUGGUUACAAACGCAAGGGGAGUAAAUCUGCGAAGGUGCCGUAUGUAACAGAGCCAGAAGAAGUCAUUUCCUUCAGUCACAUUUCUCCCUCCCAGGUCACAGAUGCCAGUCCAGAUGAAAAUACUGAUGGUCUUGUUAACACAAAAGUGUCAUCACAAACAAGUGCAAAAAGACCCAGCACAGCAAAAAGUCGUCCCCAGUCAAGAGCUCGCCCCAAGAGUACUAGCAGACCCAGAUCCAGCUUAGCGUCCAGAGCAGGGUCCAGGGCAGGCAGUAGGGUUGGGUCUAGAAUCUCUGUGUACGGAGAGGGUCACCUCACUAAAGCUCCAAGCAGCUCUCUUCAGGCAGUGGCAAAGCUAGAGUUGUCUUCCCCUGCCACAGAUUCACUGAAUACAGCCUCCUUGAGUGGGUUUUUCUUGGCUGGUGUUCAGUCAACAACAUCAGAGAGGGAGAUAAUCCCGACCUCUACUCGUGACAAGUCAAAGAACAGCCAGUAUAAAAUCAGUAACAGAUUGUACCAGAUGGCCCCAAGGUCCUGGCGUCCAGACAGCAGUGUGAGCGAGGCAGCGGCGCCGUCUGAAGUUAAGGUAGAACAAAGGGAGCAGGAUGGCGAACAGGAGGUCACCCUGUCAUACACCUAUAGCGGUCAGGUGACAGGGGAGCCUGUGCAGGUACACACAGGUCCUGUUAGUCCAGCUCAAGACUCGCUCAGCUUUCCUGUGAGGCCACCUUCCACUCCUAAAUCCAGAUCGGUUACCUCCCCUCACAGACGCAGGGUUAUCUCUCCUAAAGUGCGUACAGGUGUCCAGAAGUCUCCGACAACUGCAGACACAACUGAGUCAGGGCGACAGUCUCGUGCUAUCGUGAUAGAUGGAGACAACCUGAGUCAGUAUGAUGAAGACAGUGAGGCAGUGUUAGAGGAACAGGACCAAGAUGAUGGGCAAACACUUCACCAACUUGAGUGGGAGCUGGCCUCAGAAGCAGAUGGUGGUAAACUGUCUUGUGUGGACACAUUAAUGCCUGAGGACAUGGCGGAUGACCUUGAAGAUGAGGAGGUCAUGGAGAGAUUCAGCAGGCUUACUACCCCAGGGCCUGGCUAUGACAUUGAUGUUCAACUUAGGGAGGAAGAACUGAUGGACGACUUUGAAGAGAUGGAGAGGCAGAUAACAGAUGAAGAGGCUGUCAAACAUCUUCACUGAUACAAGCUUAAAGCCAGGAAAGCAGAAAAAAACUUAACUUUUUUCUUUUUUCAUAAAGCCUUUUUCUAAAUGGAUGCUAGGUGUAAUUGUAGUUAAUACUUUACACCUGGAAAGUCAUUUUUAUCUGAAGCGAUCAUUUGUACAUUACUUUGCAAAUCUGUGCAUUUUAGAAUGUGAGGUAUAUACAGUAAUUGAUAUUAUCCAAGUUAUUUGAAAGUUAAGUAAGGUCAUUUUUUGUGGAUAAUUUUCAUUAUUUUAUAUUCAGAAUUUGCAAGUUAAGUGUUAAAGGUAAUUUAAUUCCUGACUUGUGGAUAGGCAAUGAUUUAUCCCUCCAUGCUGAAAAGUGAUAUCAUCCCAACAUUGUUCUAAUGAGAGAAACAAGGCAGUAUCAGAUGCUUUUUUGAUUUUAUUUUUAUUAUUAUUAUGCAAAAGUUUCAGAAGAGAGAAGAUGAUGUAUUGGCAUCUUUAUCAUCAUUUUCUCAGAUGUUUUUGUCCACAAGUUGGGACUGUACUUUAUGAAGACGGUUUAUGGCAGAGAUAGUCCGCUUAGUGCCAGU